AUGGCUCGGCGCUCGCUGUGGCCGCCUGGCCGCGCUCGGCGGUGGAUUGGCGCUGCCUGCCCGCCGCCCCGGAAGGCGCUGGGCUCGAACCGGGGCCGCGGCGGCUCCGCCAGGCGCUCCCCGGUGGAUCAGGAGCUGCUGCCCCGGCGGCCGGAGGUGUCGGAGAUGGGCCGGCGCUCCUCGGACACGGAGGAGGAGGGCAGGAGCAGGAGGAAGAAGAAGCACCGGCGGCGCUCCUCCUCCAGCAGCUCCUCGGACAGCCGCGCCUACAGCCGCAAAAAGUCGGGCAGGAAAUCCAGGUCCAGGUCGCGCUCUCGGGAUCUCCCGUCCUGGUCCCAUUCCUAUGAGAAAAGGCGCAGACACAGAUCCAGCAGCAGCUCUUCCUACGGCUCCAGGAGGAAGCGCAGCCGCUCCCGGGGCAGAGGCAAAUCCUACAGGUCCCAAAGGUCCAGGUCAAAGAGCAGGACCAGGAGGUCGCGCUCGCGGGCCCGGCAGCGCUCGUACAGCCGCAGCAGCGAGAGGUCCGGCCACAGGAGAACCCCCAGCGGGUCCCGGGAGCGCCGCAAGGCCAGGGACAAGGACAAGGCCAAGGACAAGGGCAAGGGGAAGGACAAGGAGACCCACGGCACCAAGGCUGGGGACUCUGCAAACAUCAAAGCUGGAUUAGAACAUCUGACUCCUGCUGAACAGGCCAAAGCCAGGCUGCAGCUGGUUCUGGAGGCAGCUGCCAAAGCAGACGAAGCGUUGAAGGCCAAGGAGAGAAGUGAAGAAGAAGCCAAGAGAAAAAAGGAAGAAGACCAAGCCACCCUCCUGGACCAAGUGAAGCGAGUGAAGGAGAUCGAAGCCAUCGAGAGCGACGCCUUCGUCCCACAGACCUUCAGGUCCAGCAAAGAAGUCAAAAAGUCAGCAGAACCUCCUGAGCUCCAACAGGAGCCUGUGAAUGUGGGAGCAGGAGCCCCUGAGGCAGCUGCUGCUGAGAAAGAGCCUCCAGCUGCCAACAUUCCCACUGCCAUCAAGUACCAGGAUGACAAUUCCUUAGCACAUCCAAAUCUGUUCCUGGAGAAGGCAGAGGCUGAGGAGAAGUGGUUCCAGAGGCUGGUUGCUCUGCGCCAGGAGCGGCUGAUGGGGAGCCCCGUGGCCUGACAGCUCCCAGGGCAUUCCCAGCCCCUUCCCACGUGCAGCUCCCGCUCUCAGCUGUUCUUCUUGUCUCUUAGAGGAGACUUCAGUGAGCAGGGCAGGCAGGGAGGGUUUCACCUGGAUAGCCAGGGAUCUUCUGUCCUGCUCCACCUGGGGAAUCAAGAAUGUCCUGCCCUGCUCUACCUGGAUGACUGGGAAAGUUCUCUCCUGGUUCCCCUGAAUGACCAGGAAUGUCCUGCUCUGCUCCACCUGGAUAACCAGGAAUGUUCUCUCCUGGUUCCCCUCAAUAACCAGGAAUGUCCUGCUCUGCUCCACCUGGAUAACCAGGAAUGUUCUCUCCUGGUUCCCCUCAAUAACCAGGAAUGUCCUGCUCUGCUCCACCUGGAUAACCAGGUAUGUUCUCUCCUGGUUCCCUUGAAUAACCAGGAGUGUUCUCUCCUGGUUCCCUUGAAUAACCAGGAGUGUUCUGCUUUGGUUCCCCUGGAUAACCAGGGAUGUUCUCUCCUGGUUCCCUUGAAUAACCAGGAGUGUUCUGCUUUGGUUCCCCUGGAUAACCAGGGAUGUUCUCUCCUGGUUCCCCUGGCUACCCAGGGAUGUCCUGCCCUGGUUCUCUGCAGGCUCCGUGCUGGAGAUGGGCAGGGCAGCACAGCCAGGGGCAUUUCCUUUUUUUUGGAGGGAAUUCCUCAGGUGAAGAGCACCUGGCAGCCCAUGAAAUAUCAUUUUAUCUCUCCCAAUCCAGAAAAUUUUAUAGAGCCAGGUAGGAGUUGGGAGGUAAGUGGGAACUGAGGCUGGGGGCUGGGACAGUGAGGAGCCAUCCCAGGCCCCUCCAUGUCCUGCAGCUGGAGAGGAUCCAGGAUCCAUCCCUGUUAUCCCUUCCCCCUGUGCAAUCCUGAACAUCUGGGCAGGCUCCUGCCUGAGGGAAUCCUCUCCCUGGAUGUGUUCAUCCCUCUGCUCCCACUGCCUCACUCUGGUGGAAAAUGCUCCACGUUUCCUUGAGCAUCUGCCACUACUGCACCUCCAAAUGGGGAAUUGUAUCAACCUCCUCAUUUCUGGAAUUGCCAGAUGAUGGAAUUGCCACACACCUGCUUCUGGGCAGGGGCUGCUCCCAGCCCAUGGAGUUCCCUUGGGCCAGGUGGGACUUUUAAAUAAUCAAAGUUUGGUCUGAACAUCUGAAUUUAGCCUGGAUAAACUUCCACAAAAAUCUGCCCAUCAUCCAUCUAAGUGCAGGAAAUCAACCAAAUCAAAUAAAUAAAAUACAAAAGUGUUUCUUCAGCAAAGCUGGGGGGAAAUUGUCACAUCAGGAGAGGAGAAAACUGAGCCCCACCUCUGGAUGAGCUCCCUGGAGCUGCCCUGCAUCAGCAUUCCCUUGGGAAGCUGCUUUUUGGGAUUGUUCCUCCUGCUUCUCAGAUCUGUGGUGAUAAAAAAUGGAGGCUGACUCUGGAAAUGGACUUUGGUUGUUUUAUUUUUUAUUUUAGAUCCUGGAUGUAAAAGGAAAAUGUAUUGAAUUUGCAUUCUGACACAUUUUUACUUCCUUUAUGAAGGGUUAGUUUGACUUUAUCCUGCAUCAAAAUAUUCCAAGACCUCGUCUGCAGGAAAAAGUGGGAAAAAAUUUGUUUCCCUUGUUUCAUUUCAGCAUUUUUAAAUGGUAAUAUUUGUCAUUGCUGCAUUUUAUCAUCACCUUUUAUGUUUGUUUCAUAGAAAAUAAAAACUGUUUGAUGUC